ACUUCAGACGAGCACCUUUUCCUUCUCCAACAGCCGUCAAUAUGAAGCUGACAUGGAAGGACAUCGCGCCGGUGCCAACCUCGCAAGAGUUGCUGGACAUUGUCCUCUCCAGGACCCAGCGUCGUCUUCCCACACAGAUACGAAGCGGCUUCAAAAUCAGUCGUAUCAGGGCUUUCUACACUCGGAAGGUGAAGUUCACAUCCGAGCAGUUUGUAGAGAAACUUCAAGCCACCCUUGAAUCAUUCCCCAAACUCGCAGAUAUCCACCCUUUCCACCGCGACUUGAUGAACACACUGUACGAUGCAGACCACUUCCGUAUCGCUCUCGGAAAACUUGCUCGUGCGAAGACAUUGAUUGAGACAGUGGCAAGAGACCACGUGCGUCUGCUUAAGUAUGGCCAAAGCUUGUAUCAGUGCAAGCAGUUGAAACGAGCGGCACUUGGUCGGAUGGCCACCAUAACUUCAAAGCUGAAGGACGAACUUAUCUACCUCGAGCAAGUCAGGCAGCAUCUGGGCAGAUUGCCGAGCAUCGAUCCUAACACGCGAACGCUGCUUAUCUGUGGAUAUCCCAACGUCGGCAAAAGUUCUUUUUUGAAAGCAAUCAGUAGGGCCGAUGUGGAUAUUCAGCCAUACGCUUUUACGACAAAGAGCUUGUUUGUCGGACACUUCGACUACAAGAUGCUACGUUUUCAGGCCAUUGACACACCCGGAAUCCUUGACCACGCUUUGGAAGAAAUGAACACGAUUGAGAUGCAAUCUGUUACCGCCAUUGCUCACCUUCGAAGCGCAGUGCUCUAUUUCAUGGAUCUUUCUGAGGCUUGCGGUUUCUCAGUCGAUGCGCAAGUUCAGCUGUAUAAAAAUAUUAAGCCUCUAUUUGCAAACAAGUUGACGUUUAUCGUCGUCAACAAGACAGACCUGCUUGCACCAGAGGUGCUACAAGAGAUAAUUGACACCAAGCUACACGAGAUCCUGAAGACUGGCGAAGCCGAACUUCUGAAGAUUUCCUGCGCACACGAGAUCAACGUCAUGGCAGCCCGAAAUGCGGCGUGCGAUAGGCUCAUUGCAGUUAGAAAUAGCGAGAAGCUGAAAGCAGGAACAAAUUCAGCAGGCGAGCCAACUGGACGGCUUGGCGAUCUGCUUCGAAGGAUACACGUCGCUCAACCGCUUGGCGGCGUGACACGUGAGCCAGAUAUCCCUGAGGCGGCGAAGAACCGAGUUAAAUAUGACAAGAACGACCCCAACAGACGUCGUCUAGAGCGGGACAUCGAGGAGGAGAACGGUGGUGCCGGUGUCUACAGCAUUGACCUAAAGAAGAAUUAUAUUCUCGAAGACGAAGCGUGGAAGUACGAUCACGUGCCCGAAGUGUUCAACGGUAUGAACGUGUACGACUUUAUCGACCCUGACAUCGAGGCCAAGCUCAAGGCACUGGAGGAGGAAGAGGAGAAGCUCGAGGCAGAAGGCUACUAUGACGAGAGCGAGGAGAUCACCGACGACGAGGAGCAGGAGAUCAGAUACAAGGCCGAGCUGAUCCGCGAGAAGCGACAGCUGAUUCGCAACGAGGCACGCAUGCGCAAGUCCAGCAUGAAGAACAAGGCGCUCAUCCCGCGCAGCGCAAAAGCGAAGAAGCUGUCCGAGCUCGAAAGGUCGCUUCAAGACGCCGGUCACGACACCACGUCCAUCUCCGCGCGCGCGGGGUCGCAGUCGCGCGGUCGCUCGUCCGUUCGCGGGCGCAGCGAGGGCCUGGCGGACGACGGCGACGCAAUGGACAUCGACGCCACGCCCAAAGAGAGACUCAAGCGUGCGCUGUCGAGGCCGCGCAGCGUGUCCGUGGCGGGGAACAGACGGCUGGACGGCGUGACGAACGAGGUGGCAAGGAACAAGGCGGAGAGGUUGGCGAAGCUGGGGCAGCAACGGAUGAACAGGAUGGCCAGACAGGGCGAGGCGGACAGGCACACGACGGCCAGCAUUCCAAAACAUCUCUUUACCGGAAAGCGCGGCCUGGGCAGCACGCGGAGUCGCUGAUUGCGUUAUUUCUGUGCCGUGCUUUAUCGGUGCUUUAUGCACGGGUUGUGCGCUUUUAGUGUGGGAUUCAAACGCGGUUCUGAAUUUGGAAGAAAGGACACUAGAACGCACUCCUGUACAUACGUUACGGCUUUUAUUUCUUUCUGACGAUACCAUAGCUUCAGGCGUUGGCAAUGCAGCAUACACUGAUCUACAUGUUUGACAGCUGGGCCUGUGAACAUUGUCCAUUUCCACCAUGUUAGGCUUUCCAUUCAAUCAAGCUUUUUCCGAGCCG